AUCCAGUUUUAACGUAUGUGUAGUGUUAACUGUUCCCUCAGGUAUAAUGUCGAUGUAAGUCAGUGUCAUUGCCUUGAAGAAACAUAGCCUUUUGUUUUUUGAUGAGUUUGUGAUAUAAUGGUGCGAGCAAGAGGUGGAUUUGGACAAAGUGGCACAGGGCAAGGAAAACGAGGAACUGGUCGGGGAAUGCAAGGUCGGAAAGUCACAAAACCACCCGAAAAAGCAUAUGGAGAAGUCAAACUCCGCCAAGAAAAGGAUAUUAUGAAGGUUCCUUUGUCUAACAUACAAAAUCUAGACUUGAAUAAAGAUUUCUCGAAAAGGAAAUAUAAAAUUAAAAUAGAUGAACAGCAUCAUGAAGUCCAAGUCAUUCGUGUUGCAGAACAAUCAGCCUCCUGGAAAAAACAUCUCUACACAGUCAGUACUUGCAUUACCAAAAAGUAAUGAACGAGAAAAAGUUCCUGUACGAUUGCCAAAGGUAAUUCCCACAAAAGUUACAGCUCAAAUGCAAAGGCCUCAAACAAAGGCUUGUACUAGUAGAAACGUGGAUAGGGAAAAGCUGUGCGAAAAAAUAGAAACAUUGAAAAAUGUGAUUUGAAGUUUGAAGAAGAACCUAGUUGAGACCAAGAAUGACAGGAGACUGAAAAAAGAGAAAAUGUGACAGGCAGGGCCAGUAAUCUGAACAAAGGAACAAAAGUACCUCCUGCAGGAAGUCUAGAUAACAAAACGAUUAUGGUUAUCAAAGAAAUGUAUAAAUGGUGGCUACAAAAGUACAAAAAAUAUUCGGAAGCUGAAACAGAUAAAGAAGCUGAAAAAACUAGAUUCUACAUUGGGCAAAAAAUUGCCAGCCUAAAAAGAAUUCAAAGUGAGAAGAGAGAGAGCAUCCAAAAACAGCCUUCCGAUUAUUACAUCGAUGACCAAGGUGAGGACCAAGGUGAAAAUAACCUUUCAGAAAAUGCUCAAAGUCCAUUGGGAGACAUUCGAGAGCAUGGUCAGUUGGGUGACGUUCAAGGCGGUGGUCCAUUAGAAGAUUUUUAAAGCAAUGGCACAUUGGAAGAUUUUCAAGGAAAUGAGCCACUGGAAAAUGUUCAAGGCAACGACCCACUGGAAGAUCUACAAGACAUCGGAAGCAUCGAAACAAGAUCGGAAGACGACGAAGGCCCAUUAGAUGAUGUUCAGAACGAUGGGCUUCUCAACACCGAGAACCGAGACACUUUGAAUGAUCAAGUGAUGGCAGAUAGCGACAUGGGCCAUAGCAAAAUCGAGGAAAGCGAGAGCGAGUAUGGCGUGGUGACAAAUGUCCCCUACAGCAGCUCAGAUGAGGAAAUUGGAAUCGAAAAUAAUUUUGACAAUAGUGGUGAGGACGAACUUGAUUCAUAAAACGACACUGUUAACGCAGACAAUCGAGAAAUUCACAACGGCAAAAACAAUGUAAACUCCAGGUACACAGACGGGAAAGUCGCAGGACCACAGUUCAUUAAUGUUAUUCAAAAUAUCGAGGAUUAUGGAUGUAUCUUAUCGAGUUACAGUAUUGGUAUAAACGCAAAUUAACCUGUUGCAUGCAUUUCUUUAAUAUAAUACCUUAUCUAUAUUUUUAUAUCAACAUUAUUAUUAAAGUUGAUUUCAAAAUAUCACAAGUAUGUUAUCGAGAGUCUUACCGAUCUUCUGUAUUAAUGUCAUCGAAAAUUAGCCUCGGUGUCAUUCUUUAAU